GUAACUUUGAUUGCAUUGGCAGCAGGUGUCCGGGAAAAGAAUGACUGACAGUAUUUGCCAGUCAAAUGUGAUAGAACAGGAAAGUUUUACACAGAACAAGGGCCUUCAGGCUGUGGAACGGAUAACGUCGGAAAGUUACUCAUAGUUACUCAUUUUGUAAUUGGGGUGAUUAAAUGGAGGAUUCUAUGCAUGUUAGACUAACCUGUCAUUCUUGAAACAAGGGGUUAGUGCCACAGCUGAGAACAGGGGCGGAGUAAAAGGUUGGAUUUAUUCUGGAUAUCCUGUUGUUCCCUAGUGGAUUUUCCCAGUCACCUUGAUGUGUAACUCAACUACAACUUCCCGGCAAUGACACCAAGAUGGUUUGCCGUACUACUUUUGGGGCUUGUCAAGCAAAGCUCAUCUGAAGAAGACGAGUGCUCUGUUGGAGUGAUUGGGGAGUCUGCCAUCUUGCCGUGCAUUUAUAAUGGAACUCAGAGCCUUCUCUCUGCCAACAUCUCAGCAUGGUGGAGGAGUGAGACAGAGGAAAUGCUCAGAGCCAUGUGGAGACAGGGAGAAGAGAUACUCAAUGUAUCGUUGUUGGAGUCCAGUAGGGUCCUAAUGCCUUCCCUGUGCCCUCAGACGGGUGACUUCUCCAUGACACUGACAGGCAUUGUUCCCAUGGAUGCAAAAACCUACAGCCUUCACAUCUCAUUCGAUGAUGAAGAGACAAGUUCAGUCCUCUGUACAGUAUGUCUCAAAGUAGGAGCUCAUUUCAGUUUCCCAGUUAUCCAGCGGGGAGAAACAAACGUGGAGCACCAAACCCAGUUUGUGUGCCACAGCAGAGGUGGCUAUCCCCAAGCUGCCCUCCACUGGCUCAUCAACUCCACAGACCAACCUCCGUCGGGCUCAGUGAAGGCAUAUGCACAGCCUCUCCAAGACUCUGAGCUCUACAACAUAACCAGCGUCAUGACUGUUAGCAACGCUAAACACAUCCCUGUGACAUGCACUGUUGAAAAUCGCAUACUCAAUGAGACCUUUAGCACCAUAUACUGGCCUGAGGAGAAGCAGUUCAGUCCGGUGGUGGCUCGGGCGUCUGAGGCCAUGUUGGUCUUCAGCACAGUGGUGAUUAUCAUCGUGAGCCUCCUGGUGGCUAUGGGCAUAGUCUUCCAGGUCAAGUGGGACCGCGAGAGACGGAGGCCACGCCUACAUGAAGAUGACUCCGACACUGAAGACACAGAUAUCACCAUGGACAUGGAGCAUCUGGACUCUCUGACAGACACUGUUGUCUGAGGACUAACCCGGACUCAUCUUUUUUGUGCAAAGAUACCAGAUAUCCAUCCUAACAUGGCUGGAGAAUGUCAAAAGAGGAGCUGCAGACCCCACACCAUGCCUGUAUGUUUCCCAUCUUUCCCUGUUUUGCAUAUCUGACUGAUCUUGUCAGAGGCACUCUUGUUCAGCUGAACACACCCGAUUCACUCUAUCAGCAGCAUCACAAUGACACUGACUUUUCUCAGGAGUGCUUGGACCAAGGAUAGCUAUAUGCAACCCAUAUGAUAUGUAGAUAUCUGCAGGGGCCUCCCCAACUGAGGGUUACCAGUAGGAGGACUGGUAGGUAAGGGCUUAGGUGAGGUAAGUGUUUCUGAGUCUAGGAAGCAGGGAGGAGUCUUUGCGUUGGCGUUCAACAGGCUCGAACAAAAGUACUAGACAGGGUGCCAGAAUUUCACCAAAUACCUCCUUUUCAUAAACAAGUGCCAUUCCUCUGUAAAUGGACACUACCAAGAUAACAACAGCUCUGGUUUACCAUAGUGGUUCACAGGUUUGCUGUAUGAUGAUGUGGAAACGCCUAGUAAGUAAGUAUUUGUUGACCUACAGGAAAGCUGAUGUAUCUGUACAUAGCUGAUAACUAUAAACAGUUGAAAUGAGUUCAUUCACGCGUUACCACAUUUUAUAAACAGCUUGGUCACGUUCUCUUUAAGGGUAAAAAAUAAAAUAAUUUCAGUCAAGCAAAGAAAUAAUUUCUUGUUUAACUUUUAGGUCUGCAGAAUCAUGGUUCUUGGUGUUCCUAAGCUCUUCUUUGCCAUAAUCAAAGCAUGGUUUUAUUAAACAAUACCAGCAGUGAUUAGCACAAACUCUGUUGCAUCCCUCCUGCUAUAAGACAUUACCACUGUUAUACAUGGAUUCAAUUGAAAACAAAGUACAUCAUGUGCUCAACAUUAAAGGCACUAUCACUCAU